GCGGAAGUGUGCGCUCAGAAGCGGUCGUGAAGACCGGCUGAGGUGUCCCUGCCUGGCACCCGGCUGCUUUUCCGCGUCUGGGCGCGGGAACACGGAGGCGGCCAGGGACAGCGAGUGGGGGACGAUGCCGUGAGGCAGCCGCAGGGCCUGGCGGGGCCCGGAGGUUGACCGUCCCUGCCGCUUUCCCGCGAGGCCGCCUCUUCCAGGCAGUCGCCCGUCCCUCUCAGGGCCUCGCAUCCUCCGUGGUCCCAGCGCCUCGGACCCGGGCUCCCGGCCCCUAGACCCCGCGCUAUGACCGCGGCCGCCGCCUCCAACUGGGGGCUGAUCACGAACAUAGUGAACAGCAUAGUGGGGGUCAGUGUGCUCACCAUGCCCUUCUGCUUCAAACAGUGUGGAAUUGUCCUGGGGGCUCUGCUGUUGGUUUUCUGCUCUUGGAUGACGCACCAGUCGUGCAUGUUCCUGGUGAAAUCGGCCAGCCUGAGCAAACGGAGAACCUACGCAGGCCUGGCGCUGCACGCCUACGGGAACGUCGGGAAGAUGCUGGUGGAGACCAGCAUGAUCGGGCUGAUGCUGGGGACCUGCAUGGCCUUCUACGUUGUGAUUGGUGACUUGGGGUCCAACUUCUUUGCUCGGCUCUUUGGGUUUCAGGUGAUCGGCACCUUCCGUGUGUUCCUGCUCUUUGCGGUGUCCCUGUGCAUCGUGCUCCCGCUCAGCCUGCAGAGGAACAUGAUGGCCUCCAUCCAGUCCUUCAGCGCCAUGGCCCUCAUGUUCUACACCGUGUUCAUGUUUGUGAUCGUGCUCUCCUCCCUCAAACACGGCCUGUUCAGUGGGCAGUGGCUGCAGCGGAUCAGCUACGUGCGCUGGGAGGGCGUCUUCCGCUGCAUCCCCAUCUUUGGCAUGUCCUUCGCCUGCCAGUCCCAGGUUCUGCCCACCUACGACAGUCUGGAUGAACCGUCGGUGAAAACCAUGAGCUCCAUAUUCGCCUGUUCCCUCAACGUGGUCACUGCCUUCUAUGUCACGGUCGGCUGCUUUGGCUAUGUGAGCUUCACCGAGGCCACCGCAGGCAACGUGCUGAUGCACUUUCCCUCCAACCUGGUGACGGAGAUGAUGCGAGUGGGCUUCAUGAUGUCAGUGGCCGUGGGCUUCCCCAUGAUGAUCCUGCCGUGUCGACAGGCCUUGAACACGCUGCUUUUCGAGCAGCAGCAAAAAGAUGGGACCUUUGCUGCUGGAGGCUACAUGCCCCCUCUGCGGUUUAAAGCACUUACCCUCUCAGUCGUGUUUGGAACCAUGGUGGGUGGAAUCAUGAUCCCCAACGUGGAGACGAUCCUGGGCCUCACGGGAGCGACGAUGGGAAGUCUCAUCUGCUUCAUCUGCCCGGCUCUGAUCUAUAAGAAAAUCCACAAGAACACCCUUUCCUCCCAGGUGGUGCUCUGGGUUGGCCUGGGCAUCCUGGUGGUCAGCACACACACUACCCUGUCUGUGAGUGAGGAGGCCCCUGUGGACUUGGCCGAGGAAGCCUUGGCUGGCCGGAUUGAAGAGGCCGAGGGCAUCAUAAAGGCAGAGGCGGCUCGGCUCCCAGGUACGCAACUUCCAGGCCAGAAUCCAAUUGUGGACGUGGCCGAGGACGGCCGAGACAAGCCGAAGCUGCCACAUGAGAAAGAUGACAUGGAGCAGGCCCAGAUUAAGGGCCCCGUGGACGUGCCCCAGAGGGAAGGCGCCAGAGAGAAAGAGGAGGCACAGCUGGACCGGCCCGGCCAAGGUAUGGCAGUACCUAUGGGCGAGGCCCACCGCCACGAGCCCCCUGUCCCUCAUGACAAGGUGGUGGUGGACGAAGGUCAAGACCAAGAAGAGUCAGAGGAGAAUGAACAUCCGUCCAAGCAUGUGGAUGAAAAGGCUCUGGUGGGCAAGGCUCAGAUGGCACCGCCUCUGCCAGAUUCAGAAAGAGAGAGACCCAGACAGGACCAGGUCUUGGAGGCAGCAGGUGGUCUCCCUGAAGAUCCCCAGAAGGUUCCAGAAGAAAAUGGUCAGCCAGCCAUUGAGCCCAUGAAGGAGGACCAGGGGCUAGGUGACAGGGGUCUGCAGCCAGGACCCCAGGCAGUGCCACCCGAGGGGCAGGACGCCCUGGCAGCUGGUGCAGGGGAGAGAGCAGGUGGGAAGGCUCCCCUCCUGGUGAAGCCGGCCCCCGAGGUCGGGCCGCAGGUGGAGCCGCGAGAGCAGAGGAAUGCGGAGGCCCGGGGCGGAGGCCACACUGGCAGCAAGCUAGAGGAAGCCGGCCGGGCGGAGAUGCUGGACCACGCGGUCCUGUUGCAGGUGAUCAAAGAGCAGCAGGUGCAGCAGAAGCGGCUCCUGGACCAGCAGGAGAAGCUGCUCGCGGUGAUUGAGGAGCAGCACAAGGAGAUCCACCAGCAGAGGCAGGACAGUGAGGAGGCUGAAGUGCAGCCAGAGCCUGGGGUGGCCGUGCCCAGAGGUAAGGAGCAGGAGGCCCACGAUGGGGGGACAGUGGAGCAUCACCCCCAGCAGCCUUUGGAACCUGCACUCAGAGCUCCCGGGCGGCCCCCCGCUCUGCCCCAGGGACAUGGCCAGCGUGCCGUGGAGGAGCCCGAGGGGGCUGCGGGCGGAGCUCCAGCCGUUCCUCCUGGCGCCGCCGACCCGGAGCCCCGGGCGGCCCGGGCUGAGCCGAGGGAAGGCUGGCAGGGCGCGGUGCCCCCAGCUGCCGCUGGCCUGCCGGAGCAAGUACCUGUGCCCGGCCUUGCCGAGGGGCCCAGGAGCCCAGAGAAGCUUGUUAUCGGUGAACUCCCCGAGCAGGGUCAGGAUGCUUUUGGCAGAAGCUCCCAUGAAAGGAAGAAAUCCCGAAAAGAGGUGGCCACCGGUGCCAGCGUUCAGGAGGCAGAUGUGCCGGGGGCGAGGGAGGUUGGGGACCCUCACGUGAGGUCCCAGCCAGUGAGCCGAGACCGGGGAACUGCAGGCCUGUCCAGCAGGUUGGGAGGAGCCGCCCCUGGGGCCCAGGUGGAGAUUCAUCAGCUGGAACACCGGGCCGUUUCUGCUGGGGGUCAGGGUGGGCAGCAGGGUGGUCACCUGGAGGCCAGAAAGGAGGCCAUCGGCGAGGACCAUGUGCCUGCUCUGGGGGAGGAUGCUGCCGUCCAAGAGCCGGAACGGAGGCAGGACCCUGAUCUGGGGCCCAAACCAGCCAUCCCUGGGGCUCAGAAGCAAGACCAUGCCAAAUCCAACCGAGAACUCAAAGUCCAGGCCGGUUCUGACCUUAGGAGGAGACGGCGGGAUGUGGCUCCUGGGGCAGCGGGGGACCCGGCCCCAAGGGACAGGGUCAUCAUCAGCUUUAACCCUCUCCCGGAUGUGCAGGUCAAUGACCUCCGCAGCGCGCUGGAGACCCAGCUCCACCAGGCUGCGGGGGGCGCGUUGAGGGUGGUCCAUGGCCGCCAGGUGAAGCAGCUGGCCGGGGCCCCGGAGGAGCCCUGAGCAGCCCCUAGUGGCCACAGUCCUCCUGGUCGGCGGGUCUCAGCCAGCCACGCCGGGGCCACGUGGGCGUGGAGUUAGAGGUCACGCCGUGGCUGGGGGUCUGAAAGGCCUCUCACCAUGGCCUCGCUGUCCAGAUGGCCUGUGCCUUCUCCAUCCCGCGUCUUAAACCUGUCCGAGUGACUGAGCUCACCAGGACUCAGACGAGGCAGCGUCCGGUUGGGCCUCGGGAGCGGCGGCCGCGGAGUGUGGCCCCGAUGCUGACGCGGGCUGCCGAGAGAGCCCACCGCGUGCCGGACUCCCGCUUGCUCUAAAUGGUCGUCGUGACUGUGAUGUUUCAGGCAUCAUGGAGAAUCGUGAUGAACUCUGCCUCCACGCGGCUGCUCAGUGGACGUGGCUGCUCGGUGGACGCGGCUUGGUGUCUGUGGGGCCGGGGCUAUGGGCGUCUCGGGGGUCAGAAAGCUGCCUGAGUGCGUGCUCGCCUCUGCCCUUGUCACAGUUCCUGUGCUCUCUGCGCUCCCUCCGCUUUCCCAAACUAUAAAGUUAUUUUACAAAUAA